GCUUGCUGUCGCUGGAGCGUUGUAAUAUGUCCGUAUCCAUAGGAUAGAAUAAAAACACUCCUCAAAGUGUGUAAUCCAAAAGUUGCGAAGUAAAAAGUAAACAAAAAGUAGACAAAAGACGUAAAAACAAACACUAAGACACGGAGCUGCUGAGUAGGCUGCCACACCUGACGGCGCCGGAACCGGAACCCCCACAUUGCUGCUAGUACCCCACAUUGCUGCUAGUACUGCUAGACCCCCACAUUGCUGCUAUUCCCCCACAUUGCUGCUAGUGCUGCUUGGCCCCCACAUUCCUGCUAGUGCUGCUUGGCCCCCACAUUCCUGCUAGUGCUGCUAGGCCCCCACAUUGCUGCUAGUGCUGCUAGACCCCCACUUUUCUGCUUGGCCCCCACAUUGCUGCUUGCAGCUAUAUUGGUUAUUGUUAUUGUUAGCUACAUUAGCCUCUCUAGCAAACCAGCUCGAAAACAAAUCGUUACAUUGUAUUGAGAGUACAGCAAGACUGGGCAAUGGAUACAUUGGUGACCGGAUUGAAGCAGCAAUGUAAUCAAGUAUCGGGCGUUUACCUUCAUUCUCACCUUCCUGCUGUACACCAGCUUUCACCUCUCCAGGAAACCCAUCAGCAUCGUCAAGAGUGAGCUCCAUAAAAACUGUUCUGUGAUGGCGGAACUUUCUGAAGGCGGCAGCAGCAGCCAGCAGCCUCAGAUCCCAACAGACUGCAGCUGGAGGCCGUUUGAUAAGAGUAACUAUAAGCAGCUUCUUGGAGCCAUGGACUAUUCCUUUCUGUGUGCUUAUGCUGUGGGCAUGUACCUCAGUGGGAUCAUUGGUGAACGCCUACCCAUCCGUCUCUACCUGACAGUUGGCAUGGUAACCAGUGGGAUCUUCACCUGUCUAUUUGGUUUUGGGUAUAUCUACAACAUCCACUCUUUAGGAUUCUACAUAUUCAUCCAGGUGGCCAAUGGCCUGGUCCAGACUACAGGUUGGCCCAGUGUAGUCACCUGCAUUGGAAACUGGUUUGGCAAAGGAAGGCGUGGUCUGGUGAUGGGCGUUUGGAACUCACACACUUCAGUGGGCAACAUCCUGGGUUCUCUGAUCGCUGGCUGUUGGGUCUCGUCCAACUGGGGCCUGUCCUUCAUUGUGCCUGGACUCAUCAUCAUCGCCAUGGGAAUUGUCUGCUUCUUUUUCCUCAUUGAACAUCCAAAUGACUUGAGAAAUGUCUACACACACAAUACAUCUGGAACUAAUACUAGGGGACGGACUGGACGCAAUGGGCAAGUGGACGCACUCCUCCAGUACAAAGCAGGCAAGACACAGAGUUGGGACACAGAGUUGUUGUUGCCCCAGAGUGAUCGUGAGGGAGUGUGUGUGGAGCGUGAUCGUGAGGGAGUGUGUGUGGAGCGUGAUCGUGAGGGAGUGUGUGUUCCUCUCCAGCAGCUGGUUGUGGUUAAGAGUGAAACAGAACCUUCUGCUAUCAGCUUCAUGGGAGCGCUGCGCAUCCCUGGAGUGGUAGAGUUUUCUCUUUGCCUGCUGUUUGCCAAGCUGGUGAGCUACACGUUCCUCUUCUGGCUGCCAAUGUACAUCACCAAAACGGCUCAUUUGGAUGCUAAGAAGGCAGGAGAUCUGUCCACCUUGUUUGAUGUUGGAGGAAUCGUAGGUGGUAUCUUGGCUGGUGUGGUUUCUGAUAAACUGGGUAAAAGAGCCAGCACCUGUGCUGUGAUGUUGCUACUAGCAGCCCCCACACUCUACGUGUUCUCCAUGAUAAGUGAGCUUGGUCUGGGCCCCACAAUAGUGAUGUUGCUGGUUUGUGGGGGGUUGGUAAAUGGACCAUAUGCCCUUAUAACCACUGCAGUAUCAGCAGACCUGGGCACUCAUAAGUCUUUGAAGGGGAAUGCUCGUGCACUGUCGACAGUCACAGCCAUCAUUGAUGGCACUGGCUCUGUUGGUGCUGCAGUAGGCCCUCUGCUGGCAGGGUUGUUAUCUGCGCGGGGCUGGGAUCAGGUCUUCUACAUGCUCAUGGCUGCAGACUUCCUGGCUUUGCUGCUAUUGCUGCGGUUAGUGAUGAAGGAGAUGAAAUCCGGGAAAUCUGGAAAACCUGGAGUGGCUGUGGAGCUGAAAGAACACUGAGCACUUUAUGGGAAGAGAAUCCUGUUUUUUUUGCACACACACACACCUGUGCAAGACCUUUACUGGGUCCUGCAGGAGACCAUUGGGUUGAUCUCUGACCCAGGAAGAGGACUGAUGACCUAUGACCUCUGAAGAAGAAUAUGAACUCAGACCCAAAGGGAGGUGCUACUACCAAAGACCGUCUCUGCUGGAAAUUACAGGGGACUUUCCUUGUGCGUGCGUGCGUCUUUGAGCUGUAGGGUGCAUCUCUAUCCUCUUGUGUGCUGCAGUCCUGUGGAGCUCCCAAAUUAUGGUUUUUACCUGUGUAUGUCUGUGUGCGUGUGUGUGUGUGUGCGUGCGCGUAUGCGUGUGUCUGUAUGUGCGUGCGUGCAUGUGCGUGCAUAUGAGGAUGACAACAAAUUUACAAAAGCUGCAAAAUCUAAACCAAAGAUAAAUUAUUUUGCCUUGUGUGUGUGUGUGUGGAGUCCACUCUAAAAUUGUAUGCCUCUGUUGGGUGUUUGUUCUUCUGUGUAUUUUUUUUUAUUAUUAUUCUCUCCUUGGAAUGGGCAUAAUGACUUAUUAUUAUUAUUAUAAAAUAACAAAAUGAACGUCUGAGUUAAUUAUUAUUUAUGAACUAAAUGAAUGUCUGUGUUUAUUAUUAUUCAUGAACUAAAUGAAUGUAAACUAAAUUAAUGUCUGAGUUUAUCAUUAUUAUUUUGUUAUUAAAGAACUGCAUUAAUAUAUAUAUACCAUAUUUUCCAGACUAUAAGUCACACUUUUUUUCUUAUAUGAAAAUAUAUAUAAUUGAACAUGUUUUUAAAUGUUAAUUCAUAUUAACUGACAUGAUCCCUACAUGAGACAUUACCAUCAGCCGCGAGAGAGCGCUCUCAAAUGGACCUCUGCGCUCUCAAAUGCGCUCUCAAAUGCACUUUCAGUCGGAGAUUAGUACUAUGAAUUUCCCCUUGGGGAUCAAUAAAGUAUCUAUCUAUCAUC